AUGGUAGACUUUUUGCCAAAAGUAACAGAAAUAAACCCACCGUCCGAUGGAAAUAAUGGUGAAGAUAAUGUAGAGCCGCUUACAAGUGGUUCAGAGCAACGACCAUUGAAAGAAGAGGGCCAACAAGGUACUAGAAGGCACCAUCGGCGGUUGUCCUCUAUGCAUGAGUAUUUUGAUCCAUUUUCCAACGCAGAAGUCUAUUAUGGACCAGUAACAGACCCUAGAAAACAGUCAAAAAUUCACAGACUCAAUAGAACUAGAACAAUGAGUGUUUUUAAUAAAGUUUCAGAUUUUAAAAACGGUAUGAAGGACUACACCUUGAAAAGAAGGGGUUCCGAAGAUGAUAGUUUCCUUAGUAGCAAAGGUAAUCGUAGAUUCUAUAUUGAUAAUGUGGAUCUGGCUUUAGAUGAGCUACUGGCUAGCGAAGAUACCGAUAAAAAUCAUCAAAUUACCAUAGAAGAUACGGGCCCCAAAGUCAUAAAAGUCGGGACGGCAAAUUCUAACGGUUUCAAACAUGUUAACGUUAGAGGAACGUAUAUGCUUUCCAACUUGUUGCAGGAAUUGACCAUUGCGAAAAGCUUUGGAAGACAUCAAAUAUUUCUGGAUGAGGCACGUAUAAACGAAAACCCUGUUGAUAGAUUAUCAAGAUUGAUAACGACUCAAUUUUGGAAUAGUUUGACAAGAAGAGUUGAUUUGUAUAAUAUUGCGGAGAUUGCUCGCGACUCAAAAAUAGAUGCGCCAGGUGCUAAAAAUCCAAGAAUUUAUGUUCCAUAUAAUUGCCCAGACCAGUACGAAUUUUAUAUUCAGGCAUCCCAAAUGAACCCAUCUUUGAAACUUGAAGUAGAAUAUUUGCCAAAGGAUAUUAACCCAGAAUACGUCAAAUCAUUAAAUGAUACACCAGGAUUGUUAGCACUAGCCAUGGAGGAACAUGUCGAUCCAUCCACUGGUGAAAGAUCUUUGGUUGGUUAUCCCUAUGCAGUACCUGGCGGAAGAUUCAACGAGUUGUAUGGCUGGGAUUCGUACUUAAUGGCACUCGGGCUCAUGGAAACUAAUAAGGUUGAUGUUGCGAGAGGAAUGGUGGAGCACUUUAUAUUUGAAAUUGACCAUUACAGUAAGAUAUUGAAUGCUAACAGAAGCUAUUACCUCUGCAGAUCUCAGCCUCCUUUCCUGACUGAUAUGGCACUACUUGUGUUUGAAAAAAUUGGAGGCAAAAACAAUCCAAGUGCUAUACAAUUUUUGAAACGGGCAUUCAGAGCUGCUAUCAAGGAAUAUAAAGAAGUAUGGACUUCGAGACCCAGGUUGGAUCCUGUCACUGGGCUAUCUUGUUACCAUCCUGAUGGUAUAGGUAUCCCACCAGAAACUGAACCUGACCAUUUCGAUACCAUAUUAUUACCAUACGCUGAGAAGUACAAUGUCUCUCUAGAAAAGCUCAGGUACCUUUAUAACGAGGGUAUCAUUAAAGAACCCAAACUUGACGCAUUUUUCUUACAUGAUCGUGCCGUGAGGGAGUCAGGGCAUGACACAACCUAUAGGUUUGAAGGUGUUUGCGCGUAUUUAGCAACAAUUGAUCUGAAUUCUUUACUCUAUAAGUACGAAAUCGAUAUUGCUGACGUUAUCAAGGAAUAUUUUGAUGAUGAAUAUGAAGAUCAGAAUGAUGGAACGGUGACCGAUUCUGAGCACUGGAAUCAGUUAGCUAGAAUAAGGAAGGACAGGAUUAAUGAGUAUAUGUGGGACGAAGAAUCGGGCUUUUUUUUCGACUAUAAUAUAAAACUAAAAUGUAGAACGUCAUAUGAAUCAGCAACAACUUUUUGGAGUUUGUGGGCCGGUCUUGCCACCGAAGAACAAGUAAAAAUCACGGUGGAAAAAGCUCUUCCUCAGUUGGAAAUGCUCGGUGGAUUAGUUGCAUGCACAGAGAAAUCAAGAGGCCCCAUAUCUAUUGAUAGGCCGAUCAGACAAUGGGACUAUCCUUUUGGCUGGGCGCCACACCAGAUAUUGGCAUGGAGGGGAUUAUCUGCAUAUGGUUAUCAACAAAUAGCUACAAGACUAGCUUAUAGGUGGUUGUACAUGAUCACCAAGUCAUUUGUUGACUAUAAUGGAAUGGUUGUUGAAAAAUAUGAUGUGACAAGAGGAACCGAUCCCCAUCGCGUUGAUGCGGAAUAUGGCAACCAAGGUGCCGAUUUUAAAGGCGUUGCGACUGAAGGUUUCGGCUGGGUGAACACAAGUUAUUUGGUCGGGUUGAAGUACAUGAACAACCAUGCAAGAAGAGCUCUCGCUGCUUGUAGUCCGCCAGUGCCAUUUUUCAAUAGUUUGAAACCCUCUGAAAGGAAAAUAUACUACCUUUAA